AUGUUCGUCACUGUGGUCGUGAGAGACACAGUCAUUUUACAGCCACACCGAUUCGAUAAGGACAUUAUCACUGCUGUGGAGGAUGAAAUUCAUAUGAAAUAUUCGAAUAAGAUUCUUCCCGAUGUGGGGUUGUGUAUUUGUUUAUAUGAUUUUAUUACCAUCGGAGAUCCACAUAUUUAUCCAAAUCAGCGUGGAAAUUGUUUUGUGGAAACUACAUUCCGAUUAAUAGUAUUUAAACCUUUCAUUGGAGAAAUCAUUACAGGCAGAAUUAUGGGUUCGGAUCCAGAGCAAGGCUUGAAAAUUGCUAUUGGAUUUUUCAAUGAUAUUUACAUUCCUCCCUAUUUAUUGGCUGAACCUUCUCGAUUUGAUGAUGAAAGUAAUCAAUGGCAAUGGGUCUAUGAAGACAAUGCUCUUCCAUAUGCCUAUCCUCAAGAAAUUCGAUUCCGAGUCAAUUCCAUCACAUUCAAUACAUCUCUCGAUUCAAAUCCUCCUCGUCAUGUGGAUGAGAGAAACAAACCUCCUCCAACAGCAACAACCACAGGCGAAGAGGAACCUCAACCACCCGAAGAAAAACCUCCCAUGAUUAUCGUUGGAAGAGUGAAUGAACCAGGUCUUGGUUUAACUUCAUGGUGGGCCUCAAGUGAAACAGAAGACGUAUCGGAGGAAACACAAAAAGAUGAUACUCUUCUAGGAAGUAGUAGUAGUCAUGCAGUAACGAGGACAGUAUCGUCGACGGAAGGAUCAACAUUUUCAAAUAUUGACGAUCAAAUUCUGGAUACGGAAAUAUAG